GUAUAUUUACGGUAUAUUUUUUAAGUGAGACGGUAUGUUUCGGUAUAUAUCUGACGGUAGGACGCUUUAUUUUUAGCGUGGAAUUUCGGGCGGGAAAAAUAAAGAUGCCACCCGAAACAGGUGAAACAUCGAAAGUGGCCGAGCGGCGGUACUGCGGCCUGGGCAACCAUUUGCUCAAGACGCCCAACACCACAAUUAAGGAUUCAAAUAUGCGGCACUUUGCACUCAACAUCAAUCCGGAACUGCGACGGGAUACUCCGCUCUGCAUGGAUUGCUACAAGACACUGGGAAAGAUCUACAGGUUUAAGUUGAAACAUGCAAUCCAGCAUCGUCAAAAGCAGCAGGCCGAGAGCAUCUCGGACGUGAGCUCCAGUCAGCGUCAGGACUUGCUUACUUCCUCGUCGGAGGUCACCUCGAUGACGUCCAGCACAAUCAUAAAUAGACUGGCGACGGCCACAGCGACGGCUGCUAAGCCACCAACACCCGUACCCGUCCGCACACCCUCACCCUCGAGCGAAAGCGAUGAUAAUAUGCCCACAACUAGCGCGGCUGCGGCAGGAAAACGCAAGCGCUCGCAUCCAAUGCCAGAGGCACAGCCCGUCACACAGGCAUCACACAGAUACUCCGUGAGCGAUGACGACGAUGCCAAUUCGGAUCUGAGCCUGAAUGCGGUGAAUGGGACGCGGCUGCCACACAUCCAGCCGAUACCAAAACGACGCCAGGUGGUGCACCUUAACAAGACGGCCAUGGAUAUCUAUCUAGCAGGGACCACAGGCGGAUGAUACUCUAGUCCUGUAAUUUUUUGUUUAUUUACAAAAUUGUGGCAUAAUACUGAACCACAAUGUUAAGACAUUUUUUUUCGUUGAGCCAAAUUAAGAAGAGGCUCGGAGCUGGUGACUUCUGUGAAGGUUGUGUAACUUUAUUAUUUUCUUAUGUUUUUGUAUCUGUACUGAACGCUCGUAGCUGUAAUUCCAACAUUGUAUUAGAUUAACUAAAUCAAAUUUGAAAACGCUUUUUUUUUUUUAAAUUCGUAUUUUAUUUAUCCAAUUACCCCAAAUAAUAAAUAAAAAUGUAUUGCAAGCUGCAACUUAGAUAAGCCACUUUUACCAUAAAAAAUUUAAAUUACAAAGAUUUGACAAAUUAGGGGGCAUCAACAUCUUGAAAACAUCAUAAAUAUCAGAAGUCCUUCAUUUCCAAAUAUGAAAUUUAAUAGCUCGAAAAUUAAGAGGCACUUGAGCCCAAGCUGUAAUAUAAUUGAAAAUUGUUACCAUUGUGUAUUUCAACAUUGUAUUCGAUUAACUAAAUCAAAUUUGAAAACGCUUUUUUUUUUUUUAAAUUCGUAUUUUAUUUAUGCAAUUACCCCAAAUAAUAAAUAAAAAUGUAUUGCAAGCUGCAACUUAGAUAA